UAUUUGAUUCGUUGCUAUAAAAGAAGGAACAUAAUAGCCUAUUGAUUUUCUUCAAUUGCCUACUACCUGCAGUUAUAUUGCAGGUGUGUUACCGUCAGUUAGGUUAUUCAAAAGUCUUAUUUAUCAUUCUGAACAUUUACUACAAGUCAGUUGUGUGAUUUAAUUAAUUUAAGAAACUUAAAUUAGUAUCAGUUUACACUAAUUUUCUCAAAAGGAACAUUUAUGGAUUUGGAGAAUAGCCUCGAGACAUUCUUGUAUUGGCAUGGCAAAUUACAUUAUUAAACUCCCAAUGCAAAACAACAUUUGCAUAUUUUCGUGGAGAAGGAGACUGUGCCUAGGCUAUAGAAAACAUACAUUGAAUUGACAUUUGAAUCACUGCUAUGUUUUGAGACGACAAACACCCGAGGCUGAUUCCAGGAUACUUGAUUCGUGUUCAUGCCGAGGACCAUGACCAUGAACGGUCACCAUACUCAAACCACAGCGCCGCUGGAUCUGAGCACCACAACGAGGGAGCGUGGGAGCGGCGCCGAUAGGACUCCCACCAGCAAAGGUCGCUCCGUCAGUGUAAGAAUGCAGUAUUCCGCUGCCCCCCUCACCGAGGGUGACUGUCCAAACGGAAAUCCCAGCCACACAGUGGAGCCGCUGGAGCAUUGCUGUGGAGUAUCGUUGAUAAAACCUCCUGUGAAAACGGGAAACCCGGCUUUUCUGGAGAAAAAACACUCCCAGGCUGCAACUUCUCACACGCCAUUCACUCCGAACCCUGGUGGGAGCAGCACAACAGACACACGAACACAGAACAUAUCUUCCUCGUGGCUUCCUUUUAGGAAACGUCCAUUUCCUUCUGAAUGGGAGACGCCGGAACAGUCACGUACCCCACCCGGGAGAGAGGAGCGCUUAUCCCCCUACAAAAACAAAGACUUGUGCUGCAGACCGAGUCCUCCAAAUAUUUCAUUAAAGAGCUACGACGAUGAGAGCAUUGGUACCCUGGCAUCGGUCUCACACAGACAAUUGUCCGCCGCCAGCGGUUUUGACAAUGAACACCAAAGCAUCGAUCCGGUUCGUUCAAUGCAAGCACCCCGUCCUUACUAUCCCUAUCCAGGGUACCCAUUCUACUCCUGGCCCAGCAGGUCACCGCUGGUUGUGAACGUGCCUGUCUCUCACCUCCAGUCCUCCCUUUACCCGACGGGACACACCGAACACCUGCUGGCAGAUGUUGCCCUGGCGACGCGCCAAGACAACGAUGGCGACACGGCUCUUCACAUAGCAGUGGUGCAGGGGCAGGACGCUCAGAUCCAAAGAAUGAUCCUUCUCCUGGGACUGGUUCACACAGACCUGGACAUCUACAACAACCUGAGACAGACCCCUCUUCAUCUGGCUGUGAUUACCCAUCAGGCCCACCUGGUGGGGGCGUUGCUGCGUGCGGGUGCUGACCCGCAGGCUCUGGACCGUAACGGUCAGACAACGGUCCACCUCUGCUGUGAACACGGCCAGCAGGCCUGCCUCUCUGUGGUCCUUUCCCACCCCUCCAUCUUGACUUGCCUGGAGGUCAGGAACUAUGAGGGCCUAUCCCCUCUCCACCUAGCUGUACAGGGUGGACACAAGGAGCUGGUCAGAAUGCUGCUGGAUGCUGGGGCGGAUAUCAACGCUAUGGACAUCAAGAGUGGCCACAGUCCUCUCAUACACGCAGUAGAGAACCACAAUAUGGACAUGGUGCACUUCCUCAUAGAGAAUGACUGUAAUGUGAAUGGCCAGUCGUACAGUGGCAACACGGCCCUGCACUGUGCCUGUGGGCGAGGCCAGGUAGACACAGCCAGGCUGCUACUGAAGAACAGAGCCGACAGCAGUGUGAAGAACUACCACAAUGACACCCCCGCGAUGGUGGCCAAGAACAAGAAGGUAACAGAUGUACUACGAGGGAAGGGCUCCAGAAACCAGCAGCCCAAAGCUCAGUGUGUACCAGCCUCACCACACAGGAGCACACCCCAGUCACAGAACAGAGGUUCUCCAUCUCCCAGCCUAGGCCUUUCACCAUUGGCCACUCCUACAGCUUCGCCUCUUCACCGCAGCUCGUCCCAUUCCCCCAGGGCACCUCCCACUCCCUCUCCUCACAGCCAAUCAGCAGAGAGUCUGUCAGGCCGUCAGUCUCCAAUGAAGAUCCGGGAGAGUGAGCAGCUGCUGGUGAGGCUUGACUCUAACAGGAUGACUGCAGUGGACAUCAGCCUGGCCCAGAGAAGGUCCCACAGCUCAGUGACCCACAGCUACCCUCCAGCAAUGCACCACCAGCCCCCCAUCACUGAUGCUCCUAUAGGACAUUUACUAGCCUACUACUCCCCUGGAGUCCAGAGACCUCUUUAUCCAGAGCCUCCCUUUAUCCUCCUCCACACCAACAUCCCUUACCCAGCCACUGUCUCUACUGCCUCCCAAAUGACCCCUGGCCAAUCCCGGCCCUCCAGCCAAUGCAGUGACCAAUCAGAUGUCUCCAUCAUGAGUGUCAGCAGCAGCAUGGGCAAAGGUAACAGUUGACAAAGAGGUGCGCUUUCAGUGUCCCUGCUGAGUUAGAUUCCACCACUGUUUGAGUUAUUGGUUGGUGACUAGAAGGACUUGAGCUUGAAACAAGAAGAUAGUUUGUUUACUACUGUUGGACUAUCCAUAUGCAAUCCAUAUGCAAUGAAACCUACACUGGAAGAAUGAACGUUAUUGCAGUUUCCUGAAUAGACUUAAUUCAGAACUGUUAUCACCGUGUGUGAUGGGCUGUUUGGAAACUGGAGUUCUUUAAUGCUGUCACCUUAAUUGAAAUUCAUGAUGCUUUUUCUUUUCUGGUUUACUUUGA